GCAGUGCGCGCUGGUCUCAAAGAGGAGGUGGCAGAUGCCUCUUCGGAACAACAGUCGUCUAGUUACGACCUGUUUUUCCUCUCAUACUGCUGAAUAGCAGCUGUUGGGAUGCCAAAGAAGUUCCAGGGUGAGAACUCCAAGGCGGCCACAGCCAGAGCCCGCAAGGCUGAGGCCAAGGCUGUGGCAGACGCCCGCAAGAAGAAGGAGGAAGAAGAUGCUCUGUGGCAGGAAACUGACAAACAUGUACUCAAAAAAGAGCAGAGAAAGGAUGACAAGGAGAAGAGGAGAGUGGAACUCCUGGAGAGGAAAAAGGAAAACCAGCGACUCCUGGAUGAGGAGAAUUCAAGGAUAAAAGGCAAAUCCCAAAAGGAGGCUGGAGCUGGAGGAAAAGUUACUCGUGCUCAGAUCGAGGAGACACUUCAGAAUGAGCAACAGCUGCAAGAACAGCAGGAGCUCAAACCGAAAGAUAAGAGCCACCUGGAGACUCCACUGGAGGAGAAUGUGAACAGAGUUUUUCCUGAAGAAGGAACGGUGGAAGCCAGAACAGUAGAAGAUGCCAUUGCUGUGCUUAGCACGGGGCCUGAGGACCUGGACCGUCACCCUGAGCGGAGGAUGAAAGCAGCAUUUCUUGCCUAUGAGGAGGUCAACAUGCCACGCCUAAAAAAGGAGAACCCCAACAUGAGAUUGUCCCAGCUGAAGCAACAGUUGAAGAAGGAGUGGAUGAAGUCACCAGAGAACCCCCUGAACCAACGCUUUGCCAAUUACAACUCAAAGUGAUUGCACUCUCUCCCCCCAUAACACCCUUUGAAAACUGUCUGCCUAUGGCACAUUGGAGGCUUUCAUUGGAAAAUUGAAUAAUUUCAUCUAAAAAUGAAAAAGAGUGUUGCUGAUGAGAACUUCACUGCUACCUGCUCAGAAACGAUCUCUCCAUUAACAGAGGACUCUACUUUGCUGUUCCAUUCACUUGCAAGGAGAAGCUCACCCACCCCCCUACCCCAACCCCCAAUCAGCAUCACAACUGAUCAUCCUGUCUGUGCACGUGGCCUCUAAUGAGGCUUCUCAGCAUCUAAUAAAUUUAAUUACAUCUUUUUUUAGCACUUCUGGGGAGGUGGAGAAUCAGAUGUUUUGAGAGUAACUUAUUAAAGUUCACCGCUCGAUCAUCAA